AUGAAUAACUUCUUUAAAGUCACAGUGCUGUACUUAUCGCUUUAUCAGUAUGACCUAGUGCUAAGUAGGAAAAUUAUAAAGAAAGUAUGGAUACUCAAGGAAUUUCCGCACGGAGUCCUCCAUCCCUUUAGUCCGAUAUCGUUAAUAAAGGAAGCAAUUACGCCCUUAGGAACAUUGAGCGUCGAACAUCUUAUAGAAAAAAGAGAUUUACAUCAUGAACACACACGAAAAGCAAGAGAUGCUGAAGAUAUUGAACUACCAAAUAUUGAACAAGUAGUUGAACCAGAUGCUGUUAUUGAAACACAAAAAGAAAUUGUGUCUCAAAACAACUUUCUCACCGAUAUUAUAUUAACACGCGUGGAGUUUCAUAGGGGUAAACCAGUUGAUGCUAUUAAGUUACAAUCUAUUACAUUUCCUGGUGAAACGAAUCAAGAUGGUGUAGGUUCAUUAUCCACAGAUACAAGCUCAGAUCUAGUGGCGCAAGCUUCAUCGAAAGAGAGUUUAAUUGAUACUGAACAUGAAAGCGAACCUCCAAAGGAAACUGAGAAAAUAGACGGUGAAAGCGAAAAAUUAACUGAACCAAAAUCGGAUGUAGAACUAAUCAGUAAUGUAGAAGAGAAGAAAAAGGAAGAGGAAGACAAAAAGGAAGAGCUUCAAGACGGCAAAGAAUCUCAAUUGGAACUAUCAGAAACCACAGAUGAAAAGGUAUCUGGUGAAGUGGCGCAAGGUUCUGAGGAAUCGCCAGGUGUAAUUGAGAAUAGGGAGACCGAAUCAGAGGCAAUUAGUGAUAAUGUAGAGGCUAUACCGGUCAAACCAGAACCUCUAGUUGAAGUAACUCCAAAGCCUAUAGAAACUCCAGCACUUCCAGUGAGUCCGUUACCACAGCCAAUAUAUAUUCCUUUAUACACGGAUGUCAAGACACCCGUGCCUAUUCCUGUUCAGCCUGUGGUAUCGGAAGUAGUUGUUACAGCACCGCCUGUAGUAGUUGUUACAGAAAAGGAAGUGGUAGUCGCACCUCCACCUCCACCACCAGUACAAACAGAAACAACUGUGAUCCAAACAGAACCAACUCCAGGUUUAUUUACUCGUGGAUCACGUUUUAUGUUAAACGUUAGCUCUCGUAUUUUAAGGAAAUUGUUAAGAUUAGUUUCAAGGGUACAAUCACGUAUUCCGCUUCCUCCAGCCGAAGCAUAG